AAUGAGUUCACAAUCCCAGCUCUAGAUCAGUCACACAGUGGAAGAUACUCCUGCCAAGGGAGAAAACCAGGAAGAGAUGUUUACACUGAAACGAGCAAAGAUGUGACUCUGACUGUAGGUGCACUCCCACCCGUGGUUCUGACUCUACAGACUGGAUUGAAAAACAUCUUUAACAGAGAGAGAGCGACUCUUCACUGUCACAUUCAGGACCACUCUGCUGUGUGGAUGAAUAAAUGGUACAGAGAUGGACGAGAACUUCCUGUGGGCACAGCUGAGGACACCUAUGAGAUCCUGUCUGCUGUUCAGUCAGACUCAGGAACAUACACAUGUAAAGGACAACAUAAAGAAAGAGUACUGUAUACUGACAGCAGCAAUAUGGUUGCACUCAAAGUUAAUGGGGAGGCCCCCAAACCCCUGCUGACUCUGGACCGCCCCAGUGGAGAGAUCUUCACAGGAGAUACAGUGACCCUGAGCUGCAGGGCUGGCACAGAUCCUGCUGGCUGGGAGUAUCUCUGGUUCCAAAAUACACAGGGAGCAGCACUGACCAGCACUGACUCCAGCAGCACUGACGGGUCCCGUUACACCAUCCACUCUGCUGCAGUUUCACAUGGUGGAGAGUACUGGUGCAGAGCAGGGAGAGGGAGCCCCACUGUCUACACACCGUACAGUGACUCUCUCCAGCUCAGCAUAACUGCUCCACCACCUGCUGUGCUAACCCUGAACCCUGCAUGGAGGAAGUUCUACCCCACUGAGAAAGUGACUCUCAAAUGUGAGAUUCAGACCCAUCAGACUGAGUGGAGUUAUCUGUGGUACAGAGAUGGAGCCUCUAUGAACAGUGUGCUCUCCAGAGGAAAUGAGUACACAAUCCCAGCUCUAGAUCAGUCACACAGAGGAAGAUACUCCUGCAGAGGGAAAAUACCAAGAAGAGAUGUUUACACUGAAAAGAGCAAAGAUGUGACCCUGACUGUAGAUGAGGAGGCUCCCAAACCCCUGCUGGCUCUGGACCCCCCCAGUGGAGAGAUCUUCACAGGAGAUACAGUGACCCUGAGCUGUAGGGCUGGCACUGAUCCUUCUGACUGGGAGUAUCUGUGGUACAAAGAAACACAGGAAGCAGAACUGACCAGCACUGACGGGUCUCGUUACACCAUCCGCUCUGCUGCAGUUUCACAUGGUGGAGAGUACUGGUGCCUAGCAGGGAGAGGGACCCCCACUGUCUACACACCGUCCAGUGACUCUCUCCAGCUCAGCAUAACUGCUCCACCACCUGCUGUGCUAACCCUGAACUCUGCAUGGAGGAAGUUCUACCCCACUGAGAAAGUGACUCUCAAAUGUGAGAUUCAGACCCAUCAGACUGAGUGGAGUUAUCUGUGGUACAGAGAUGGAGCCUCUAUGAACAGUGUGCUCUACAGAGGAAAUGAGUACACAAUCCCAGCUCUUAAUCAGUCACACAGAGGAAGAUACUCCUGCAGAGGGAAAAUACCAGGAAGAGCUGUUUACACUGAAAUGAGCAAAGAUGUGACUCUGACUGUAGAUGCACUCCCGUCCGUGGUUCUGACUCUACAGACUGGAUGGAAAAACAUCUUUAACAGAGAGAGAGCGACUCUUCACUGUCACAUUCAGGACAGCUCUCCUGUGUGGAUGCAUAAAUGGUACAGAGAUGGACGAGAACUUCCUGUGGGCACAGCUGAGGACAUCUAUGAGAUCCUGUCUGCUGUUCAGUCAGACUCAGGAACAUACACAUGUAAAGGACAACAUAAGGAAAGAGUACUGUAUACUGGCAGCAGCAAUAUGGUUGCACUCAAAGUUAAUGGGGAGGCCCCCAAACCCCUGCUGACUCUGGACCGCCCCAGUGGAGAGAUCUUCACAGGAGAUACAGUGACCCUGAGCUGUAGGGCUGGCACAGAUCCUGCUGGCUGGGAGUAUCUCUGGUUCAAAAAAACACGGGGAGCAGCACUGACGAGCACUGACUCCAGCAGCACUGACGGGUCCCGUUACACCAUCCGCUCUGCUGCAGUUUCACAUGGUGGAGAGUACUGGUGCCGAGCAGGGAGAGGGAGCCUCGCUUUCUACACACCGUACAGUGACUCUCUCCAGCUCAGCAUAACUGCUCCACCGCCUGCUGUGCUAACCCUGAACCCUGCAUGGAGGAAGUUCUACCCCACUGAGAAAGUGACUCUCAAAUGUGAGAUUCAGUCCAUUCAGACUGAGUGGAGUUAUCUGUGGAUCAGAGAUGAAGCCCCUAUCAACAGUGCGUUCUCCAGAGAAGAUGAGUACACAAUCCCGGCUCUAGAUCAGUCACACAGAGGAAGAUACUCCUGCAGAGGAGGAAUACCAGGAAGCGCUGUUUACACUGAAAUAAGCAAAGAUGUGACCCUGACUGUAGAUGGGGAGGCCCCCAAACCCCUGCUGACUCUGGACCCCCCCAGUGGAGAGAUCUUCACAGGAGAUACAGUGACCCUGAGCUGCAGGGUUGGCACUGAUCCUGCUGGCUGGGAGUAUCUGUGGUACAAAGAAACACAGGGAGCAGCAUUGACCAGCACUGACUCCAGCGGCACUGACGGGUCCAGUUACACCAUCCACUCUGCUGCAGUUUCACAUGGUGGAGAGUACUGGUGCCGAGCAGGGAGAGGGAAACCCGCUUUCUACACACCAUACAGUGACUCUCUCCAGCUCAGCAUAACUGCUCCACCGCCUGCUGUGCUAACCCUGAACCCUGCAUGGAGGAAGUUCUACCCCACUGAGAAAGUGACUCUCAAAUGUGAGACUCAGUCCAUUCAGACUGAGUGGAGUUAUCUGUGGUACAGAGAUGGAGCCUCUAUGAACAGUACGCUCUCCGGCAGUGGAAAUGAGCACACAAUCCCAGCUCUAGAUCAGUCACACAGAGGAAGAUACUCCUGCAGAGGAGGAAUACCAGGAAGAGAUGUUUACACUGAAAUGAGCAAAGAUGUGACCCUGACUGUAGAUGGGGAGGCCCCCAAACCCCUGCUGACUCUGGACCCCCCCAGUCGAGAGAUCUUCACAGGAGAUAUGGUGACCCUGAGCUGCAGGGUUGGCACUGAUCCUGCUGGCUGGGAGUAUCUGUGGUACAAAGAAACACAGGGAGCAGCAUUGACCAGCACUGACUCCAGCAGCACUGACGGGUCCAGUUACACCAUCCACUCUGCUGCAGUUUCACAUGGUGGAGAGUACUGGUGCCUAGGCAGGGAGAGGGAAACCCGCUUUUCUACACACCAUACAGUGACUCUCUCCAGCUCAGCAUAA